CAAGAGAGUGUGGCAGUUUGAUUCAGUCACCCAUCAGAUGACUGAUUAUGGGAAUGCUGGGGAUAUCAUUGGUCUUUCUUCAUCACAUGGCAGCCUCUCUGGCGGCUCCUGUGCCGUGUGAGGAGAAGGUGGUCCAUCUGGAAGGGGAGGUCCGGGGGCUGAUGAAGAUGGUCAAAGAACAGCAUCGCUUCAUCCAGGAGCUCUACAACAGCCAGGCCCAGCAGCUGGAGCAAAUACCUAACUCACACCUGGGCUCCGAGGACCUCUAUAGAGACUGCUCCGAGGUGUUUGCGGAGGGGAACGUGGCCAGUGGGCUGUAUGUCAUUCGUCCAGACGGCUCUCCCACCGCACUGAGCGUGUACUGUGACAUGAACAACGGAGGAGGAUGGACUGUCUUUCAGAGGAGGAAAGAUGGCAAAGAGAGCUUUGACCGAGCCUGGGUGGAGUACAAGCAUGGAUUUGGUGACCUCCACUCACCUGAUGGAGAAUUCUGGCUGGGCAAUGAACCUCUACACGAUCUCACUUCCCAAGGAAACUACGACCUGCGGAUCAACAUGGAGGACUUUGAGGGAAAUCAGCGUUAUGCAGAGUACAAGAACUUCAAAGUGGAUGAUGAAAAGGACCAGUACCAGUUACAUGUGGGAGAGUACAGGGGGAAUGCAGGGGACGCCCUGUCUGAAGUCCACGCCUCCCCCUCUGCCCAGAAGAAAUGGACCGGUCCGGGCAACAGGAUCAAGUUCAGCACCUUUGACCAGUUGAAUGGCAGCGACACGGAAAACGAAGCCAGGUGUAUCAGACACAGCAAGUCAGGCUGGUGGUUCAGCAGGUGCGAUUCAGGCAACUUGAAUGGUCACUACUACAAAGGGCCACACCAAGCGAUAGCCGAUGAUGGGGUGGUGUGGUACACAUGGCACGGUUGGUGGUACUCCAUCAAAUCUGUGGUCAUGAUGGUACGAGCCGCUGACCUCGAGCAUUCGCCGCCGGUCUUCGCACCGUAACCGGGAGAACUCGCGAAUGCUGGAGUGUUCACCCUGGACAGGUCGCCAGACUAUCGCAGGGCUGACACAUAUACAGACAGACAACCAUUCACACUCACAUCCACACCUACGGGCAAUUUAGAGUCAUCAAUUAACCUAAGCUGCAUGUCUUUGGACUGUGGGAGGAAGCCGGAAAACCCUGAGCGAACCCACGCUGACACGGGGAGAACAUCCAAACUCCACACAGAAGGCCGUCUAGCCCGGGAAUCGAACCA